AUGUUCUAUUAUCAUAAAUAUAAAUAUAUAAUUUCUUUUAUAAAUUUAAAUUUAUUGAUAUUACUUUUAUAAAUACCUUUUAUAUUUAUUUUCAGCAGAAGCAUAAUAGAAGAUCCUUUUUAUAUUUUUUACAUCUUUAAGAAUUUUAAUAUUGUCAGUAAUAGAGAGAUUCCUUUGAAUGAUAAAUAUUCACAGACAAAAGAAAAUUUGCAAAAUAUUAUUACCAAUUUAAAAGGUAAAUAAAUGAAAAAUACAUACAGAAAAGAGUUCAAAAAAAAAAAUCAAAGUAUUAAUCAAUAUCAAAUUAAAGCAAACGAACCAAAAAAUAAUAUAAAUUAUCUCUUGUUAAUAACAAAAGCAUAUUAAAAGGAAAAAAAUAAAUUGUAUAUUGAAUUUAUUGAUUUACAUUUAUUAGAUUAGCAAUAUCAGUAAGAGAUAAAAAAAUAAUAAACAGAUAAAUAAUUUACAGGCCAUUAAAAGCUAGGAAAUAUAUUAAGCGGAGUCAAAAAUUUCAAAACCCAAAUAAAUUAACUUCCAGUAAAGAUUUCUUUUCAAUUUAUUUUGAGGACUGGCAUUAUCUGCUAAGAAACACAUGGAAUUAUCCAUAAAAAUUAGAUUAAAAUAAAACUAGAAAGUUGUAAAGAGAGUUGA